GGCCAACCACCUCCAGCUAGCCGCCAAGUUUCCCAGUGACCUAGUCACUCCACCGACCGCCUUCGUCCAGGACUACGCCCCAUUUCGAUAAAGAAAUGCCGUCCAAAUAUCGAGAAAAGGACAUGAACGGCGAGAAGAGCCGUCCAAAGUCCUCUCAUUCAUCGCGAAGACCAUCUUCGAGCACCAUCAAAGACUCUCACCGUCGAUCAGUUGCCCACAAGAAAUCAAUCACCUCGGACACGCAAUCGAGCAUUCACACCCCCGCCAUGUCAAUUCCGGAGCUUGGUAGGCGUUCCUCGAUGACGUCUUCUUCGUACCCAUCAUUCUCCAAAGCACACAGCAAAGAAUCAGUUCGGCCCGGUGCAGCACCAUAUACACCCGAAUCGACCGCCUUAGAUGGAAAGACUGGAGACAAAAUCAAGCGGACUUCUUCGUCAAAAGAACAAUCGAGACAGGCCACCAGAGAUGAAGCUCCUCCCAGCCCACCGCUUACUGCUGUGGAGCCGGAUGGGCCACGGAGUGGAAGCAGGAGCAGCAUGAGGAAAGUGGCCGAGACAGUCAGGGAGGAAAUGGAACAGGGCCGGCGGAGUGUUGAUAGCGGCUCACGCACGACCGCACGACCAAAAUCCAAAUCCUCAAGUGCUAGCCUACGGAAACGGUCAAAGGAAAAGGAAAGCAGCGGCAAGCUCUCGUCAAGAUCAUCUGCAACCAAGUUGAACUCUUCGGGAAGCGGAAGCAAGCCAAAGCCUGCUGUGGUUGUCGAAGAAAAAUCGGACAUCUCGCGCAAUGAACGCCCAUCCUCAGCAGGGAUCAACGUGGAAAGAAUACGAAAGGCUGGCUCAGCACUGUCGGUCGACUCUCAAGCGACUUCAGUGGCUCGAGACCGCAAGGCAGUACCCCUGCCUUCUGGUCGCUCAUCAAGAGGAGGUUCGUCCCCUGUAUCAUGUCAAGAUUCAUCUCCAAGGACGCCCACGGGCCGAGAGCCCCAUUUUGCGCCCAUUGAGCCUACCCGAAAAGCUACCCCAGUUGUCGAAGUGCACAUUGAAACAAAUAAUAAUUAUGACUAUGAUUCUACAUAUUCAGCGGGAGAUCCGUCUGCCUAUCCUGCUCCACCUCCGCCGCCGCCGCCACCGCCACCACCAGUCGUGCCGCAGGAUGUACCGCGAGUCGACUACCUAUUACAAAAUGGGGGACUGACGAGCGUGGUUCCGAGGAACUUUAUGUUAGCAGGGCAACCCGCUGUAGCACAACAGUUCCCCGCGGCGCGGUUACAGUCUCCCCCUCGGGCUCAAGUCGAAAAGGUGUUUUCUCCAUUCAAUGAUUUGCUCGAAGACUACUCCACCGUUUUAUCAAAGAAAGGCUCACUUGCUGUUGCGACCGGCUACAAAUCCAUUGCUCGAAGGCUACUCGACCGGCUCGAAGCUGUUUUCGCGCGAAACAUAUCAUCCGAGCAUUGUCACUGCAGCCUUUGCCAGUCAAAGAAUGAUACAAAAGAACAAGGAGAAGAGACAUGGGUCAGUUGGGGAGAGGUUCUCGAGUUUGUGUCAGGUCGUCGGGAAUUGCCUCAAUGGCCUCCAUUCUCCCUUAUUAAUGAAGACGUUGGGUUGGGCAUUCACAACUCGGAACGGCGCACUCCAAUGCAACAGCUUGACAUUGACGUACCGGAAGAAUUUCGGGAGCACUACAUUCGACAAAGUCGCAAGACAAAGGAUGUAGUUGACAAAUGGCUGGCCUCUCAGCCCGAGCAGCCCUCGAGCGCCCCGCAGGAGGUUGACGACGAUACACUUACCUUUGCUAUUCUUACACGUCUUGAGCCAGAACAGCGCCAGGGCUUCAUGAGCCUCAUGGGCCGAUCAUCAACAUUUUCAGGAUCACGCGCACCAACGCCAACGGUCAAAUCUAUCAACUCGGAACAAUUAUCCAAGACGGGCCUGGCCUUGCAGCGAUUAUACCGACUACCGACCCCACCACGCGAACCAGAAGCUGCAGUUUAUCUCCUCAACAACUCUAGUCUGCACGUUGUACUUGCCACGCUCGCCGCCAUCAGCCAAGGAGAAUGGGAUGUCCUCGUAUCAGGCCGCUUCGAUGGUUUCCUCUGGAGCGGCAUCGAGUACCCCCCAACGGCAUCGAUUCUCUCUAACGGCCCUUCGCGAGGUCCGACGCCACUCAGUAGAGGCCCGACACCGUACAGCCCUGAACGAGGUAGCUCUGCAACACCCUUCCGCACAUCCACGCCAUUCUAUAACAACAAUACUGGUGCUGGAUCAUCGAUCUCUAGAGGCGCCACCCCUGCUCCCGGUGGGCCCGGCGCACCUCUUCCAAUGGAUGAAGAAGCCGAAAUUGCCGUGCUCGCAGAAGUCGAACGCGAAAUCUACAUGGGCAUGGAAGCGCUCGAAGACGCUUUCGAGGCCCUCCACAGUAAAGCCGAAAUCGUACGGAGCGCAAUCAGAGAACGAAGUACCGGUUUAGCACUCGCCUCGCAGGCUCGAAAGGGUUCUAUGGCUUCCAAUCUCGACGCCCGACUUGGCACGCCGGCAAGUGGUAUCGGUGGCUGGGAAAGCGAAAAUGACGAAUGGAUCGACGACGGCCUCAGCGAACUUGCGCCAGAUGAUUCGGCGAGUAAUGUCAGCAGCUCGCGCAUCCGUCGGCCGAAACGAAGAAACGAGAGACGAACCCCCGCCCCAGUGGAGGAAGAGGGCAGCGAUAUCGAAGCGGAAAUGGCGAGGCGGUAGUCGAUGACUGAAGCAUGAUGACGUUAUAAUCUUUUUUCCAGCGUCUCCCUUUUGUGUUGCAUUGAUUUUUUUUUUUUUUUUUUUUUUUUUUUUUUU